GAAACCUUUCUUAUAUUGCACAUUGCCGCGCACGCGAAUCUUGUUAAGAGUUUGGCACGAUCUUUUGUACAAAUCUUGGUCUUUCGACGCAUGUUAAAGUCUGUUAGCCUUUACAUGGUGCCACCUACCGCAUUCGACGGAGCUUGCUACCUAGGUACCGUUACUUCACGACGAAUCACUCCCUGAGUACGAACGAGACCGCCACAAGAGCGAAGCCUAUCAAAAUUCGUAAGGGACACCAGUUCCUCGCUCUGUUUCGGACAGCAUAACGCACGCUCGAGUCCAUGCCGUCGAAAUGUCUCUGUCAUCUUCCAACAAUCUCCAGAUCAGCGGUUUCUAUGGCCCUGGCCCAUGGUCUGCCUGGAUGAUUACCCUGACGAUCUCAUGGAUCAACACCAUUCAAAAUGACUAUACGCACAACAUGCACUUUAUCGGAUAUGCGUUAUAUACCAAUUUCGCUGCGAUCGACCUCAUACGCCAGCUGAAUUUGGUUAUACCUUGCGAAAGUGGUUCAUAUUCUGAUAUAGACUGGAAAAAGACUCCACUUGAAGUGGACGAAGCUACGCGACAAAUGCUGGCAGCUGCUAUUGCGGUUGUACAUGUGGGUAUCCAGAUGGCCACGAUGCAGAUCAUUGUGUGCUUCUACAAAGAGCGACAACGAAAUUUCGAUCCCAAGGAACCUAUCAAGCGACGCCGUUUCAUAGUAUCUGUCGGAUUAGUGCUUCCGAUAGGAGCAAUCUGGUACGCAAGUCUUUCGAUCAGCUGUCAUCGACUCGGAUUCAUCGUGCUACCGGGAAGUCUUUUGCCAGGUCUCACGACGCUAAUACCCAGUUGGGUCAAUAUCCUUUGGUCGUGGAAGUACAAGGAUGUCAAGCUCGAUCCAUUUUUAGCCAAAAUGUUUGUUUCCGGGGCGAUUCUCAAUUGGGCAAUUCGCUGUUGGAUUGUACCGCGGUUAUACUUCCGUAACCCCAAAAAUUCGCUCCUCAGUGGAGAUUUGUGCCCAACAAAAAGAUGUUGUUUCGUUCCAUGUGCGCCACAAAGCAUCGGAGAAAUGGACCAGAUCUUCUCUUUGGUUAUCACGCUUUCUCUCUUUCUAUACGAGUUCGAAUCUCAACUAGUUCGCGUGGCGAGAAAGUGUAUAGGCGUGGUAAAGAAAUGUAUCGAGUUCCUUCUCGAAACCUUUCUCGAAACUAGGUUUGGUUCCUUGAUGGUCCGCAUUGUAAGGAGAUGGAUUGAGUUUUAUCACUCGUCAGGUCUGUCUUAUUAUGUAUAACAGGUAGUUAUCCUGAUGAAUAGGUUAGGAGGGGUCGUUGAGGCCCUGAGCUACUAAGAUUGGAGGUUCUACUUGAGUAGAUUGGUGAGGGGAAGUUCGAAAGGAUACGUACGUCUAGAAGAAAUGCAUGCCCAGAUGGAAGAACAG